UCUUUAAAUCACUGUCCAACUGCUCUAGGUUGCACAUGAGCAAACUUUUCAUUACAGGUGCAAUUCCUAAAAGGUGCAACCUGCUCAGCAGGCGAGCAAGAGAACCCAUUCGACUCAGAGAACAGAGUGUUCUGGCAGUCCCCACAUGGUAGAGAGGACUAGCAAGCAGACAGCACGGUGCUGUUUACCCUGAAGGAGCUAGUGUGUGUGUGUGUUGGAAAGCGAUGACCACUCUAAUGGAUCGCAUGGAGCUGCAAAAAGUCAACAUCGAACUUGAUGAGCAGAGCAACAGUGGAGAAAGCUUUGAAGACAACUACACAGAGAUGGUCGAUUCAGAAAAGGCUGCAAUGAGGAGUCCAUUUGAUAAUGAUGAUGCAGAAAGUCAGAAGUUCCUUACAAAUGGUUAUCUGGGUAAAAAGAAAUUGGAAGAAUAUAAGGAAGAAUAUCACCGGGGCAGAGCUUCCUUUGGAAUGUCCUCUUUCAACCUCAGCAAUGCCAUUAUGGGCAGCGGCAUCUUAGGGCUCUCCUAUGCAAUGGCCAACACAGGAAUUAUCCUUUUUGUGAUUUUGCUGCUCAGCGUAGCAAUACUGUCACUCUACUCUGUUCACCUCUUACUGAAGACAGCAAAAGAAGGAGGAUCACUAAUAUAUGAAAAACUGGGAGAAAAGGCAUUUGGCUGGCCUGGGAAGUGUGGUGUUUUCAUUUCAGUUACAAUGCAGAACAUUGGAGCAAUGUCAAGCUACCUCUUUAUUAUUAAGUAUGAACUACCUGAAGUGAUCAGAGCAUUUAUGAAACUUGAGGAGACUUCUGGAGAGUGGUACCUAAAUGGGAACUACCUCAUCAUACUCGUAACAGUUGGGAUUAUUCUUCCUCUCUCCCUUUUAAAGACCUUGGGUUAUCUUGGUUAUACAAGUGGGUUUUCGCUGACCUGUAUGGUUUUCUUCGUCAGUGCGGUAAUCUUCAAGAAAUCCCAAAUACCCUGUCCUCUUCCCAUGGUGAACCACGGGAUUGAAAACUGGACCUCCACCAACAGCACAGUGCCAAUGCAUCUUAUCAUGCUACCAAAUGAGUCUCUCAGUUCUGGUGUGAAUUUCAUGAUGGACAACACAGCUGGGCACUUGCCAGGACUUGAGGAGCCAAAAGAUACCUCCCCCCAGAGUGGUGUGGAAUAUGAAGCGCACAGCGACAGUAGUGACCUGUGUCAGCCAAAAUAUUUUGUGUUCAACUCACGGACUGCCUAUGCAAUACCCAUCCUGGCAUUUGCAUUCGUAUGCCACCCUGAGGUGCUACCAAUAUACAGUGAACUGAAAGAUCGCUCUCGAAAGCGGAUGCAGAAUGUCUCGAACAUCUCCAUCACUGGAAUGCUUAUCAUGUAUCUUCUGGCUGCCCUCUUUGGAUACCUCACCUUCUAUGGAGAAGUUGAAGAUGAGCUACUUCACACAUACACCAGAGUUUACACUUUUGACAGCCUCUUGCUGUCAGUUCGCCUGGCAGUGCUGGUGGCUGUAACCCUGACUGUGCCCCUCGUCCUUUUUCCUAUCCGGUCAUCUAUCAGCGCAUUGCUGUUUCCCAAAAGGCCAUUCAGCUGGAUAAGACAUUUCCUGAUUGCAGCAGUAAUUCUUGCUUUUAACAACCUCCUUGUAAUUUUUGUCCCAACUAUUAAAGACAUCUUUGGAUUCAUUGGUGCCUCUUCUGCUACAAUGCUGAUUUUCAUCCUCCCUGCUGCCUUCUACCUGAGGCUUGUUGAGAAGGAGCCCAUGAAGUCUCCCCAGAAGAUUGGGGCUCUAGUUUUUCUCAUAGUUGGCAUAAUCUUCAUGAUUGUGAGUAUGACUCUUAUUGUAAUGGACUGGAUUUACACUUCCCCAAGUUCCAGACAUCACUAACGUGCAGAGACAACCAAGUGGUUUUUUUAUACCAUAAAUGAUUGUAUUGUGGGCUCAGAAGGACACCAAAAUGGGACUCUUAUUCCUAGCUAUUAACUGCAAUAUUUGGAAGACAGUGUCUGGUAAGGUCAUUGGAGUCUACAUCAUUAUUUAUGCAUUAGGAACCUGAGCUUAAUAUUUUGUGCCAGGUGAAAUGAAAUGUGUGGUAUGGAUGCUUACUAUUUUCAAAACCAAAAUAACUGUGUACAUAGUCCUCAAAAAUAUCGUGGUCUCACCCUUUUCAACCUGUCCCAUCAUGCUAGUAACCACAGUUCUUAGAGCCUUGGGAAGCUCAUGGCCAGAAAACCAUCUAUUGCCUUGUUUUCUGUCUGUAGCUCAUGGGAUUGGCUGCCAAGCUUCAAGAGAAAGGGCACAGUUUCUAUGGGGAUCUGAAAAAAACCUGACUUAUCCCUACCAGCUUGUCUAUCAGAAAAAUGAUGGCUUUGACAAGCCAGUGGACAAAGAUGAGCAUCACAUUCGUUGCCCAGAUUCAUCGCCCCUGGCAGGUGAUGGCUGUUGCGUAGAAUAAAUCUUUCUGGCACAGACACUGUGCUGGGGCUUGUGCUUGAGGAAAAGUUGAGGAUCUGUGGUUUGUUGUUAAAAAUGCCUGUGCUGGAAAUGCCAGGCAUUUCUGCUGUGGGUUUGUUGUUGUUGCAUUUCUUUUUUUAAUCCUUGUGUGAGCUUGCAUCACUGAACAAGUUGUGUCCUCCGUAGAAACUUGUCUUCCAUGCUUGUUCGAAUCUGAGGAGACCACAAGGUGUGGCAAAAGCACCCUACCCAGUAUUUUUCAAUACUUGUGUAUUUGAUAAAGGUUCAGUGCAGGAAACUGUAAUUUGCUAUAUAUAAAUAUAUAUAUAUAUAUUUAUGUACAU